GGUUCGGGGACACACUUAAUCGCACUCCUGCAGCGCGAAGGAGUGAACACUUAGCUCUUGCUACGCUAGGCUCGCUGGAGCUUACGUGACGUGGGUGGAAGUGGAUAGGUGUGCGGUGCAUGGAAGAGCUCACAUGUAGCGAACACAGCUGUCAGCGAGUAUAUUCUGACUCGUCCCGAUCACCAGUGUGGGGAGCGUUUGAGCUGCUCCUUCAUCCCUUGCACCCUCUGUUCCCUUCUUGCUUGCAUUCUCCCUUUGCCACCGUGUCCCCCUCCCCUUUCGUGGUCCACAUCGACUGCGGGUGGGCCGCUGGACUCGCGCAGAGGCAGUGCUGGAGUCGCGGUCAACGGCAGGCAUCCACCCGGCCGUGCACGGGGCGAUGAUGAACCAGGCGAAGCACUGGCAGGAGCACCUCGGCCAGCCCGGCCCGGAGGGCCCGCUGGAAGACCCGAGCGGCGAGUACGCGGCCGCCGAGUUCCGGGAGUGGGCCACGCAGAGUGCGGAGGCGGCGAAGGAGCACGUGCGGCUCACCUCGCACUUCUUCGCCGAGGUGGCGCAGCACACGCUGGGGGGCGCCCGGGGCCACCAUUUCUUGUCGGCAGCGGCCGAGCUGGUCGGUGCAGACCCCGCUUUGGACGCGGCCGCCGUGGAGUACGCGGCGCAAGUGUUCCAGGACGCGCAGCAGCUUCUCUGAGCGCGCUCGGGCCUCGGCGGCACUUGCGCCAUGCGGUGCUGACCUGAAAUGGGUGCUAUCGUCGCCGCCACUUCUUCGCCCUCCUUUUCGAUUGUGCCCGAUCUCGUGCUGCUGCUGUAAGGGCUCGUUCUGGGAUCUGCGGUUUACCUCAGAGACCGUGCUGUUGCCAUGACCUUCGGUUAGUGAAGUUUGUGUGACUCUCAAGGCGGCGUGCUACGCGGUGUCGCAUUGUAGUGCCGCGUUGAUGCUUCCUGGCCUUGCACUGCACCCUUUCAGGCAUCUCACACUUGGCUUCUGCAAGGGAGGUAUAAUCUGAGAACGAGCAUCUCAGAACAACAGACUCGAAUUGACGCUGUUUCAUCAUGACUCAGUGACAGGAUUUUCUCAUGGAUCCACUAACGACCUCGUGCGGAUCCCCCAGUCGUAUGUCGCUGUAGCAUUUGGCCAGGGCCGCGCUCCAUGCUGCUUUUAUUAUGUGCGUUAUGGCCUCACUAGCCGUGGAGGCAUUUCUUUGGUUUCGUAUCGGCUUCACAUGGCUUCCACGGUGAUUGCAUGGUUUCCUGAGGCCCCGUUUGAUUCAAUGUUGAACAGCUCCGCACACAGUUGUUCGUGUGGACGUCCACCGUGCCAGCCGUCUGAGCUCCUCGGACCCAAAUGAUUGCC